AUGGAUGAAUAUAAUAAAAUUCUCAACACUCAGCGUGCUGCCAGACCUGUCUCUCCUCAUCUUACUAUUUAUCAACCUCAAAUAACGUGGUUUAUGUCUGGUUUUCACAGAAUUACCGGGGGUGCUUUGGCAGCUGUUCUUUAUGGAAGUGCUAUAGCAUAUGCUAUCCAAGGUCCAUUAGGAUUAGGAUUGAAUUCUGAUGCGCUUGUCGCUGGAAUAGCCACACUUCCAACUUCCCUUAAAUUUGCUGGAAAAUUCGCUUUAGCUUUUCCAUUUACUUUUCAUGCUUUUAACGGUGUUAGACAUUUGAUCUGGGAUAUUGGAAGUGCGUUAACACUCAAAGGUGUUUAUACUACAGGUUAUACAGUAUUAGGACUCUCUGCCAUUUCCAGCCUUGGAUUGU